CUGAACCUUAAACCACUGACACGAUCACUGUUCCUGCGAGAUCGACAAACAGUACUUCAUGGAUGAAUCAUUGAGAUCAGCGAUGAUGUGGCCGGAGAAGAAGGCCAGAUGCGACGUGAGGAGUCCCGUAUGUCACACUCGUGGGAUCUUUCUGCUUCUCCUGCUCAUCAUGGCUCAGAUGAUAAUCUCCUUCAUGCCUUGCACUGCUGGUGUGUUCAUUCAUUCCGAUGAAGUCCUCAUCAGCCCCUAUAGAUUCUGUCAAAUCCAUCAAAAUGUCACACUCCAGCAGAGUGGGGAAUGGUCCUGUGAUAAUGUGUAUAUGAGUCACCUGUACGAGCUAUCGCAGUCCCAAAGACCUGAACCUGGGGGUUUAUCUAAGCCACAUUUUAACUCCCUCAGAGUAGCAGUUUACCUAGCUGUGUAUGUCCCAGUGAUUAUUGUGGGGUUUGCUCUGUUGGGCUUGUAUUCAGUCAUCUCUGACAGAGACGAACCUGCUAUCUUUUGCAGCGUGGCUUUCCAGUUUGGCGCAGCCUUACUCACCCUGGCUGGUCUUAUUGGUUUUUUACUUGUAUACCAGUCAUACUUGAGUUGGCAAAACAUAACCAUUUGGUUCUAUAUCUCUUUGGGUGUGGUGAUUGAGCUGGCCAUCACAUCUGCACUAACCCAUGUGUCAGGCAAGCGACUAAGAUCAUUCUGGAAAUACAGUGAAGUGCUUAAGCCUCUCCCUGCUUAAACACAAGCCACAGACUGUGCAGUACAACAAAAUUACCUCUUUUUUUUUAAUGUUCUGGUCAAGUCACAAAGCCCUUUGAAUGGUCAGUAACACUAGAAAAGUGCUAGUACAAGUGCUACUCAGCAUAUUCUCCAAUAUGUUGACUGAUAUCCCGCCAUAUUUUAUGAUAACCUAUGUUGCUGCUUCUUUUUUUUUUUUU